AUGUACUCUGCCUACGACCAGUCCACGUCACGGUCCCCAGGCUCCCAUCGCAACCAGCCCCAGAAUACCACGCUGCACCGCAUGCCCUCGCGGCAGUUCGACGCCUACGCUCCCCUGCCCCAGGCCAACAUGUACCCUCAAGACGAGCACGCCCGCGGCUACGAACAACAACAGCAACAGCAGCAACAACAACAGCAGCCUCGCAACUACGAGCGCCUCAAUCAGACCAUGCACGCAGGCGGCUACGGCUAUGACAUGGGCGCCCCUGCUGCUUGGAAUACCAAUGCGUUCUCGCAAAACGGUCUGGGUUCGCUUGGGGGUGGUGCUGCCGCUGCUCGCAUGAAAUCACAGCAGCGGGGAGGCCGCAGCGCACUGCCUUCGGGAUGGAUGGACCCGUCUCCUCAAGGCCUGCCUAGCUUUGCUCUUCCCAGUCUGAGCAGCGGCAACCUAAACUCGAUGCAGAACUCGAGCUAUGGCCACGACGUGGACGAAGAGCUUAUCCCCACCGCCAUCGUCAUCAAGAACAUUCCCUUCGCAGUCAAGAAGGAGCAACUCGUGCAGCUCAUGACAGACCUCCGUCUGCCUUUGCCCUAUGCCUUCAACUACCACUUUGACAACGGUGUAUUCCGGGGGCUGGCUUUUGCAAACUUCACCACGGCCGAGGAGACAGCCGCUGUCAUCGAGUCGAUGAAUCAUUUCGAGCUCAACGGCAGAAAGCUCCGCGUCGAAUACAAGAAAAUGUUGCCGCUUGCAGAACGCGAGCGGAUCGAGCGUGAGAAGCGUGAGCGUCGCGGACAGCUCGAGGAACAGCAUCGACCACUGGGAGGCAACCUUCAGUCUCAGCCUUCCUUCGGCUCGCUUGCUUCUCACAUACCCGCCUCAUCCCCCUCGCCUGUAUCUGCCAUGCGUGGUGGUCCCACCCCAACUGUUGAUGUCGAUCUCAACGACCCUCAAGUUCUACAAUUCUACUCUCAGCUGUUGCUCUUCAAAGAGGUACCUGAGAGGGAUAGCAUGACCUUCCCCUCCACCUUGGCACCCCUCCAGCGUCGCACCGUCCAUACCCUGGCUCAUCAGCUAGGUCUUGCUCACGUCUCCAAGGGCACGGGUGAGCAGCGACAGGUGCACAUAUUCAAGGUGCACGACAACAAUCAGGGUCUCAGUCCGCCUAUGCCGCAGAUGCCCACAAAUCACAUGGAGCAGCCCCGCCGUAACCUCAACCGCGCCGCUACCACUGAUUUCAGCGACGUUCGUGCUGAAGGAGGAUUCUAUAAUCCCUUUGGCCGACAACCUUCAGGCCUAUUGGGAUUCCCUGAUUCACCGGGCGGCUUGAAUGCAGUGCCAAAUCUUCGCGGUGCCAAGUCGUAUGCGGAUCUUCGAUCUUACACGCCCUCGCCCGCGCCAUCCACCGCCAGCCAUCCUGUGGGUCGUCCCGGUGGCAUCUCUCUCGAGGGCCUUGGUUUCAGCGGCACCUCCACCAAUCCAAACGGCACCCCUACAACCGGUUCCAUGACGCAACGCGACGAAGGCUUGCUCGAGAGGGAAAUGGGACGCAUGCAACUCAACUCUAGCUUUGGCCAGAAUAGCAGCCCACGUGCGUUACGACAGAUGACUUCGUGGGAUGCCCCCGGCCCAAUUGGAGGCCACCGGACUUUUAGUAAUGCUUAUGAUGACCGCCCGUCGCGACAACCUCGCGGGCCGCUCCCAGAACGAGGGCAAGGCUUUGGCCGCCCGCGACAGAACGGACAUCAGAAUCGCGGCAGCGACGAGCUGUCGUCUCAGUCCAACGUUGAGAUCCUAGUAGGACAGUGA